AUGGCUAGGGCCAGGAAACUGAGGAGUGGGUUGGAGGAAGCCAAAGGGUACUACGAAGAAUGGAUGGAGCCAGACUGGAAGUCGACCAUCACUGAUGCCUCCAGUGAAGCACAAGCUCCGGCCUUGAACAAAAACAGGAGCAAAUUCAAGUUUGCCAACGAAUAUCAACGAGAUCUGAGUACAAGGUAAAGUCGUAGACAAGAUAUGCGUAAAACAUAAACAAUGAUAGUCCUUAUGUGUAAAAAAACCUUCGAAGUAUAGCGUAUUGUCAAGGGACUCAUAAGUUUAUGAGGCCAACUAAAACGUCUUAACGGCAUAAAUAUUCCAACUAAUCAUCAAAAUUACAGUACGAACAGUCGAGCUAAUAACUCAUCGGCCGAAAACAGACUGAAGAACCAAAAGCGACGUGAACUCAACUGGAAACCGGUCGAUUUUGAGAGAUUCUACAAAUGGGUUAUCAACGGCACUCUGAAAGACUUGUAUAAAGCUAGGUCUUUGUUGUUUGACGAUUAA